AUAGCAGACGUACCUUCCUUAUCCCCCUGUAAGUUUCUAUAAGAUCAAAGAACUUGUCCUGAGAGAAAUUUAAGUGACUCGCCCGUUCAAUUGCGUGACAACUGUAUUAUUGAUUUAAAAAACCAGUCGCGCACCUUCUUUGGCACCGAUGACGAAGAACGGUACUUUCUUUUAGUAGCCGUGGUAGAGACCAGUAGCUCUUCGACUCUCGACCAAAAUACAAUCUUGCCAUCAUGAAACUACUGAUUAUCCUGUUCUCCUUCCUGGCAAGCUGCAUAGCCGAUGAGCUGUCAGAAUGUAAAUGCACAGAGGGAUAUAAACCUAAGCAAGACGAGUCAGGUGUUGUGUAUUGUCACGGAACCAUAGUGAAAUCUAUCUUGCCAUGUAAUAUGGUUAUUAAACCGGACUGCAUUUGUAAUGAAGAAGCAACCAGCGUUUUACAGGACGAUUAUGGUACAUGGUGCACAAGACUUGUUGACGGCAAAGAGGAGAAAAGGUGGACUUGUGAGAACAAAGAAGACUGGGAAGCAUUCUACAUUAGUCACCCCGAAGAGAAACCCAAAGAAAAAGUUGAAAAUAAACCACAAGAGGCUCCUAAGCAAGAAACACAAGAUAAGCAACAGGGCAGUACAAUUUUGAAAAGUUGAUUUACGUGAAACACAAUUUUAUCAAAUAACGUAAGAUAUGUUAAUUGUAUACAAAUAGGUAGAUUUUUUUUUGUAGAUAAUAAUAAAGGUAACAUUACCUAAGUAUGUAA